AUGGCCAAUACAUCCCUGACGAUGGUCCCCAAGGACCCAAAGGACGAGCCUACUACGUACAAGCUCAACGAGGGCCACAAUGAGAUUGCAAAUGAGGCACAAGUUGUAUAUGGCCAGCCGAGGAACCUGCCUACCUUGAAGCGCAAGCUAAAGAGCAGACACCUUCAGAUGAUUGCAAUCGGAGGUACAAUUGGUACUGGUCUAUUCAUCUCCAGUGGAGAGGCACUAGCGCACGCUGGCCCUAUUGGCGCACUCAUCGCAUAUAUUUUCAUCGGCACUAUUGUCUUUUCGGUCAUGACGUCUCUAGGUGAAAUCGCUACCUACCUUCCAAUUCCAGGAGCGUUCACAUCUUAUGCCACUCGACUGAUUGAUCCUAGCCUUGGCUUUGCAAUGGGAUGGAUCUACUGGUUUUCUUGGGCUAUCACAUUCGCUCUUGAACUAACAGCUACUGGUUUAAUCAUCCAAUAUUGGGAUCCGUCUGUCAACAUUGCUAUCUUCAUUGCGGUAUUCUGGGUUGUCAUGACACUUCUUAAUCUGCUACCUGUCAACUUCUAUGGAGAACUAGAGUUCUGGUUCUCCAGCAUCAAAGUUAUUACAAUCAUUGGCUUCAUCAUUUUUGCCAUCUGCAUCGAUGCUGGUGCUGGACAACAGGGCUACCUCGGGUUUCACAAUUGGGUCCACCCAGGACCAUUUGUUGAUUAUCUCGUGACGCCGGGACCAACUGCGAAGUUUGUGGGCUUCUGGGCUGUCCUUAUACAAGCUGGUUUCUCCUGCCAAGGCACCGAAUUGGUUGGUCUCGCCGCUGGUGAGAGUGAAAACCCACGUCAAACCGUGCCAAAAGCGAUUCGAGCAACCUUCUUCCGAAUCCUUAUAUUUUACGUGUUCUCUGUGUUCUUUAUCGGCCUCUUAGUGCCAUCUGAUAAUCCCGAUCUUCUAUCCAGCGAAGCCAAUGCAUCUGCAUCUCCAUUCGUGAUUGCUGCAGGAUUAGCAGGGGUCAAAGUUCUGCCUAGCAUCAUCAAUGCCGUCCUAUUGACGGUGGUGCUAUCAGCCGCUAAUUCAAACAUCUAUAGUGGUAGCCGUAUGUUGAUUGGCCUAUCCCAGGAUGGCUUUGCUCCAGCAUUUUUGGCCAAGACUUCGAAGGGUGGUGUUCCCUAUUACGGGGUUCUACUGACCGCGGCCUUCGGCCUUCUUGGUUUCAUGAACAUUUCGACUUCUGGCAGCACCGUCUUCAACUGGCUCUUGAAUAUCUCCGCUGUUGCGGGUUUCAUUCUGUGGGCAUCACUAAACGCCUGUCACCUUGCGUUCAUGCGAGCUCUGAAGGCUCGGAGUAUCUCUCGAGAUCUUCUUCCUUACAAAGCUCCCUUCCAACCCUUCCUGUCUUACUAUGGAUUGUUUUUCAACAUUCUCAUUAUGCUGACACAAGGAUUUACCGCAUGGAUUCCUUCGUUCAGCGUCGAGAGCUUCUUUAUCGCAUAUGUCAGCCUCAUUCUCUUCGCUGUGUUGUAUAUUGGUCACAAACUGGUUUAUCGGGAUCCUCUGGUUUCUCCUCUACAGGCUGACCUUGACACUGGCCGACUUGAGGUUGAGAAUGAACAUUGGGAGGUCACAGUGCCUACCACAUGGUACGGCAAACUGUGGUAUAUGAUUAACGGCUAA